AUGACCAUGGCCGGGGGCCGGAGGGGACUGGUGGCCCCGCAAAACACGUUUCUGGAGAACAUUGUCCGGCGCUCCAAUGAUACUAAUUUUGUUCUGGGGAAUGCCCAGAUAGUGGACUGGCCCAUUGUGUACAGCAAUGACGGAUUUUGCAAGCUGUCUGGCUAUCACAGGGCAGAAGUGAUGCAAAAAAGCAGUACCUGCAGUUUUAUGUAUGGGGAGCUGACUGACAAAGACACCAUUGAAAAGGUGCGGCAAACCUUCGAGAACUAUGAGAUGAAUUCCUUUGAAAUCCUGAUGUACAAGAAGAACAGGACACCUGUGUGGUUCUUUGUGAAAAUUGCUCCGAUUCGAAACGAGCAGGAUAAAGUGGUUUUAUUUCUUUGCACUUUCAGUGACAUAACAGCUUUCAAACAGCCGAUUGAGGAUGAUUCAUGCAAAGGCUGGGGCAAGUUUGCUCGGCUGACCAGAGCGCUGACCAGCAGCAGGGGUGUCCUGCAGCAGCUGGCUCCCAGCGUGCAGAAGGGCGAGAACGUUCACAAGCACUCCCGCCUGGCAGAGGUCCUGCAGCUGGGCUCAGACAUCCUUCCCCAAUACAAGCAAGAGGCGCCAAAGACUCCCCCUCACAUCAUCUUGCACUACUGUGUUUUUAAGACCACGUGGGAUUGGAUCAUCUUGAUCUUGACCUUCUACACAGCCAUCUUGGUCCCUUACAAUGUCUCCUUUAAAACCAGGCAGAACAAUGUGGCAUGGUUGGUUGUGGACAGCAUUGUGGAUGUCAUCUUUCUGGUGGACAUUGUGCUGAAUUUUCACACCACUUUUGUUGGGCCAGCGGGGGAGGUCAUUUCCGACCCCAAACUCAUCCGUAUGAACUACCUGAAGACGUGGUUUGUGAUUGACCUUCUGUCCUGUUUGCCAUACGAUGUCAUCAACGCUUUUGAGAACGUGGACGAGGUUAGUGCCUUUAUAGGUGACCCAGGGAAGAUUGGUUUUGCUGAUCAGAUUCCACCACCCCUGGAGGGGAGAGAGAGUCAGGGCAUCAGCAGCCUGUUCAGCUCUCUGAAGGUUGUCCGGCUGCUCCGUCUUGGGCGAGUGGCCCGCAAGCUGGAUCACUACAUUGAGUAUGGCGCUGCUGUGCUGGUCCUGCUGGUGUGUGUGUUUGGGCUGGCUGCGCACUGGAUGGCCUGCAUCUGGUACAGCAUCGGGGACUACGAGAUCUUUGACGAGGACACCAAGACGAUCCGCAACAACAGCUGGCUCUACCAACUGGCCAUGGACAUUGGCACCCCGUACCAGUUUAACGGAUCUGGCUCAGGGAAGUGGGAAGGUGGCCCCAGCAAGAAUUCUGUCUACAUCUCCUCCUUGUAUUUCACCAUGACCAGCCUCACCAGCGUGGGCUUUGGGAACAUCGCCCCCUCCACGGACAUCGAGAAGAUCUUUGCUGUGGCCAUCAUGAUGAUUGGCUCACUUCUCUACGCCACCAUCUUCGGAAACGUGACGACCAUUUUCCAGCAGAUGUACGCCAACACCAACAGGUACCAUGAGAUGCUCAACAGCGUGCGGGACUUCCUGAAGCUCUACCAGGUGCCCAAAGGACUGAGUGAGCGGGUCAUGGAUUAUAUCGUGUCCACCUGGUCCAUGUCCAGGGGCAUCGACACAGAGAAGGUUCUACAGAUCUGCCCCAAGGACAUGAGAGCUGACAUCUGUGUGCACCUGAAUCGCAAGGUGUUCAAGGAGCACCCCGCCUUCCGGCUGGCCAGCGAUGGCUGCCUGCGUGCCCUGGCCAUGGAGUUCCAGACGGUGCACUGUGCCCCAGGGGACCUCAUCUACCACGCAGGAGAGAGUGUGGACAGCCUCUGCUUCGUGGUCUCCGGCUCCCUGGAGGUGAUCCAGGAUGAUGAGGUGGUGGCCAUCCUAGGGAAAGGAGACGUGUUUGGGGAUGUGUUCUGGAAGGAAGCCACCCUGGCCCAGUCCUGUGCCAACGUGAGGGCCCUGACCUACUGUGACCUGCACGUGAUCAAACGGGAUGCCCUGCAGAAGGUGCUGGAGUUCUACACGGCCUUCUCCCACUCCUUCUCCCGGAACCUCAUCCUCACCUACAACUUGAGGAAGAGGAUCGUGUUCCGGAAGAUCAGCGACGUGAAGCGGGAGGAGGAAGAGCGCAUGAAGCGGAAGAACGAGGCCCCGCUGAUCCUGCCCCCGGACCACCCGGUGCGGCGCCUCUUCCAGCGCUUCCGGCAGCAGAAGGAGGCCCGGCUGGCGGCCGAGAGGGGCGGCCGGGACCUGGACGACCUGGACGUGGAGAAGGGCAGCGUGCUGGCCGAGCACGCCUCGGCCAACCACAGCCUGGUGAAGGCCAGCGUGGUCACGGUCCGCGAGAGCCCCGCCACGCCCGUGGCCUUCCAGGCGGCCUCCGCCGCAGCCGUGGCGGACCACGCCAAGCUGCACGCGCCGGGCUCCGAGUGCCUGGGCCCCAAGGCGGGCGGGGGCGACUGUGCCAAGCGCAAGGGCUGGGCCCGCUUCAGAGACGCCUGCGCCAAGGGGGAGGACUGGAACAAGGUGUCCAAGGCCGAGUCGAUGGAGACGCUGCCCGAGAGGACCAAGGCGGCAGGCGAGGCCACGCUGAAGAAGACGGACUCCUGCGACAGCGGCAUCACCAAGAGCGACUUGCGCCUGGACAACGUGGGCGAGGCCCGCAGCCCCCAGGACAGGAGCCCCGUGAUGGCGGAGGUCAAGCAUUCCUUCUACCCCAUCCCGGAGCAGACGCUGCAGGCCACCGUCCUGGAGGUCAAGCACGAGCUGAAGGAGGACAUCAAGGCCUUGCACGCCAAGAUGAGCACCAUCGAGCAGCAGCUGGCCGAGAUCCUCAGGCUAUUAACUUCCAGAAGGUCCUCCCAGUCCCCGCAGGAGCUGUUUGAGAUCUCCAGGCCCCAGUCCCCAGGGUCCGAAAGAGACGUGUUUGGAGCCAGCUGA